AUGUCUCUAAAUCGCUCUCUCCCACGUAAUGUCUCUUUUUAUGAUGCUACCCAGCCCGCAGAGGCUCUUGGAAGGCUUGUCCAGAAUGGGUCUAUAACUGAGGCAAACUUUCUCGACAUCCUCGGAAUUUUACUUGUGGUUGGGGCAAGUCCUAUGCUUGUUCAAGAAAGAAUAUCGAGCCAUAUUGUAGCUAGAAUGGACGUUCCUCUUCAACCUGGGGCAUAUGAUAUUUAUUGCGAUGGUAUGUCCUAUAUUACCCACAUUUGGGAAGGGGCCCAGCUGCUAAUUUCGUCAGCCUCUAUCCAAGUCAGCGACGAGCCUUGGAUACAACGGUUAGUUUCUCAUGAUAUCUCUGGUACAGACGAGAGAUUCCGCAAUGGAAUCCGCAACCGCGACCAGAAAUGCGUUGUUUCAGGACUCAUAAAUCCUGAAAUCCUUAUCCAGGCCAAUAAUUGGAUUGGUUUCCAAGCUGCCCAUAUCUUCCCUCUUGAGCAUGAAAGCCUUUGGAUCCAGUCCGGUUAUGGAUGAUGGAUCACAGACAUAAACGAUACUCAGUCCUCAAAGAUUAACUCAUGUCAAAAUGGGCUUCUUCUUGACGCAUCCAUGCAUCAGAAAUUUGACCAGUACCUUGUCUCCGUGAACCCCGACGACAAUUACAAAAUUGUUGUGUUUGACCCCGAUAUCCGUGUGUUGGACGGUAGAAUUCUAGAUCCCAUGUGUCGCAACCCGGCCGAUCCCCACCGUGUGUCCGACCAACUUCUCAGAUGGCAUUUCCGCCAAUCAGUUCUUGCAAAUAUGAGAGGAGAAGGGGAACCGAUCUUCGAGCAUGACUUCCCACCGGGGACUGAUAUGGUAGGGGAGAUCCUUUCUGGUCCGUAUGGGCAAGAAAGAUUUGAGUUGGAGAUAGCUGCUAGGUUGGGAGCGGCU